AUGAGUGCGGUCGGGCUAGCAGGAGGGGAUGCUGCCCUCUUGUUCGGCAGCCGGAACCAGAUUGACUUCGUCGUGGACAAUGAAACCGACUACGAAUUGAAGGCCGAAUCCACAGUCUUUGCCGACUGGGGUGACUUUUCCAGGUAUCCGUCGACGGUCCAUCCACUCAGUGAGGGGUGUGGUGGUCAUGUCAUGUCCUCUCAUAGCCCUUUCACCGGGUCCGCUGGAAUGGUGGGCUACAAGAUCUCAACCUCGUCGGGGUCGUUGUGGCUACGGUUCCUCGGCAGCAACCCAUACCUCAGUGUCCGAAGUAACUGGGCUUAUGUAGACAUUUUCACCUGGGACAAAAGCAUCGACCAAGAUUCGUACAAUGAUCUGUACAACAAGGAGUAG